GAGUUUAUUGCGCACGCGUGGGGAGGAACCGCGGGGCACGCCGGGAGCAGAAGCCCUCGGAUUACAGAUGUUCACUACCAAGCCUGGCUUUAUAUGUGUUCUGAGGAGCUAAGAGUUCUCACACUUUUGAGCAGUUUCUCUCCACAUGGCUGCCGAGGAAGCCACCGUCACAGUUCGCCUCAUCCGUUCGUUUGAACAUCGAAAUUUCAGACCUGUAGUAUAUCAUGGAGUUAAUUUGAACCAAACUGUGAAGGAAUUUAUAAUUUUUCUAAAGCAAGAUGUCCCUUUGAGGACCAGCCUGCCUCCUCCACUCAGAAAUUACAAAUACGAUACACUAAAGAUUCUUCAUCAAGCUCACAAAGCAAAGACAAAUGAGCUGGUGUUGGGCUUGGAGGACGACGACACACUCCUACUGAAGGAAGACAGAACGCUGAAGGACUCGGGAGUAGCCAGUGAGACUGAAAUUGCCUUCUUCUGCGGCGAAGAUUAUGAGAGAUAUAAGGCUAAUCCCGCCUCAUCCUGGUGAGCGUGCCGGCACACCUUCAGGUCCCUUCUUCCACAAGUGAGCUUUUUGAAUUGUCAAAUAAAGCUUUAAAAAAUUAA